GGACCACAAGGACCUUCAGGGCCUAAGGGAGAGCCAGGAACUGGCGUAAGAGGAGAAAAGGGAGCAACAGGUCAGAAAGGCGACAAGGGUGACAGAGGCCAUCUUGGACUCCCCGGGGCUCAUGGGUUAGACGGCAGACCGGGUCCAGUGGGUCUCAUAGGACCUGCAGGUGUGCAAGGGCCAGCCGGACCAAAGGGAGAGAGAGGUCAAAAGGGUGAUGCAGGAAUCUCAGGACCAACUGGGCCACAAGGAAUACCCGGAUUAGUAGGACCACAAGGACUCAAAGGAAAUCGGGGAGAGAGGGGCAAGAAAGGAAACAGGGGGGCCAAAGGGGAUAAGGGAGACCAAGGAGCACCUGGAUUAGAUGCCCCCUGUCCAUUGGGAGAUGAUGGCUUACCUGUACCUGGAUGUUGGAAUAAAUGACGAUAACUUUGGAAUGGCUUGUGUGAUGUACAUAGGAUAUUUAUUUUUUCUGUUAUACAUGGGAAAACUCCUAAAAUAUAUGGCAUUUUUUGUAUAGAUUGUUUAUUUUAAUAUGUAUGAUAGUUUUUAUGUAAUGGAUUUUUAUAUCUAUGCAUUAUUUUAAUAUGAUAAGUAAAAAUUAUAAUGU